AAUUGGUUCUCGGGCGAAAUGUUCGAGAGAUCUUCCAGCAUAUCCAAAAGUCGAGCUCUGUCUACCAUUACAGUGUCACGAAUCUCGGACAGGAGCUCAGGCUUCUUUGGCUCUCAGAUAUCUACUGCCUUUUUCAUACGGAACCCCGCCAUGACGACCGCCACUCUGCCUUCUGCAGACAAUCUGCAGGCUACCAUUCUCCAGACUCUCGACAAGCAUGCCGAGAUACCAGAUACGAGAGAGAUUGAAUGUGGUGGAGUGAGAAUGGCCGGCUCAGAUGAGCAGAAUCUAGUGCGAGGAGUCUUGGGUAGUCUGGCGAGCAAAGAAAUGAUCGAAUACUCCCAGAUCACCACGACCAGCUUCGAGACUACGCCAGAGGGAUCAGGAAUCGCUGCAUCUGGAUCACACGAGUACAGAGUCUGGGCGGCAUUACCUGCUAAAGGUCAGGGAGAGCCUGUGGGCGUCCCGGAGCUCAAGAAAUUGGUUGGUGAUGAAGCGGCAAAGGUCGGACAGGGCAAAGCGUUCAAGAACAAAUGGAUAGCAAAGGAGGGCUCAGGUUUUGUCCGAGCGAUUGAAUCUCCUGUCGAUGAGACGGCAGAUCAAUUGAGAACGAUCCAGACGAGUGGGAAUCUGGAGGAUCAAUCCGUCGUCAAAGAUCUACAGAAGCGAAAGCUCAUUCAACCUCGAAAACAUAUACAUUACUCGGUGAAGAAGGGCCCGAAUUUCGCGACCGAGGUCAAAGAGCUAGAGACAGAUCUGACUGUGGAGAUGCUGCAAAGCGGCGCCUGGAAAGACGCCUCGUUCAAGCUGUACAAUUUUGCCGCUGCUGGACAGCCAACAGAAGGUGGAGCCUUACAUCCUUUACUCAAAGUCCGGGAAGAAUUCCGGAACAUCUUCUUUGAGAUGGGAUUCACCGAGAUGCCCACCAAUCAAUUCGUCGAGUCGUGUUUCUGGAACUUUGACGCCAUGUUCGUCCCUCAACAACAUCCAGCUCGCGAAGUUCAGGACACUUUCUAUAUCAAAGACCCGCCGCAGGCCCUGGAACCUGAACGUCAAUACUAUGAACGAGUUCGAAACGUUCACGAGAUUGGCGGAUACGGCUCCAUUGGUUACCGUGCGCCUUUCUCAGAUACUGAAUCACAAAAACUGGUCCUGCGUACACAUACUACCUCAGUCUCUACCGCCAUGUUAGCCAAGAUCGCUAACCAACCGGGCGGGUUCAAGCCGGCCAAAAUGUUCUCGAUCGAUCGUGUCUUCAGAAAUGAGACUGCGGAUGCUACUCAUUUGGCAGAAUUUCACCAAGUCGAGGGUGUGGUGGCGGACUACAACAUCACCUUGGGUGAUCUCAUUGGUUUCAUGCAGGAGUUUUAUGCCAAGACUGGCAACCACAAGCUGAGAUUCAAGCCGGCCUACAACCCUUACACCGAGCCCAGUAUGGAAGUCUUCUCAUGGCAUGAAGGCCACAAGAAAUGGAUCGAGAUUGCGAAUUCUGGAAUGUUUCGACCUGAAAUGCUGGAACCCAUGGGACUGCCCAAGGGUGUCAGGGUUCUUGGAUGGGGCAUGUCCCUGGAGCGUCCGACCAUGAUCAAGUACAAGAUCCAGGACAUUCGCACACUCGUCGGUCACAAGACCGAUCUGGCUCAGGUAAAGGUUCGUCCUGCUGUUCGGCUGGAGAAGGGAGACGACUAGCGCGUUCAUUCAUCAAGGCGUUGGGACA